GAACAAAGUCUAAAACCUAAAAUGUACGAAUUUUUGAGUUUUAUAGUUGUUGAUUAUCUAUCUGAAGUUUAUGGGAUACCCGAUGCUUAUGAAUGUAUCGAUGAGAGUCUGCCUUUUCGCCUAGUUCUGGACAUCGAUGCGAGGCAAAAACCUGAUCCUAUGAAUCCCAAACACCCUUCUUUAGAUGAAUAUAAAAUUUCUCGUGAAGAUUUAUUAUCCAGAAUCUUAAUUGCCUGUGCUGAUAUUAUAUACUUCGAUUUAAAACAUCUCAUAACUUUAAAUGCUUUACCUUAG